AUGCGCCGCCCGCCGCCGCCGCUGGUGUUGAUGACGGCGCUGCUGCUGGGGGCGGCGCAGGAGAGCCCGCGCGGUGGACCGCUGAGCGUGCUGUCCGCGCUGGUGGAGUACUUCAAGACGGGGCUGCGCGUCGUCGUGGGCGCCGCCGUGGGGGCGCGGUGGCAGGUGCUGCGCGCCACCGCGCCCACGCAAGACGCCGCCGACCAGCUGGAGUCCAUGCUCAACGAGCUCGAGGAGGACGGCGCCGCCGCUAUCUGGGCAGACGUCGCCUCCAACAGGUCGGCGGACUUCGCAGUCUCCCCGGACAUCCUUGAGGAUGUCAAGGACUUCCUGGAGGAGCACGCUAUCCCUCACACUGUCAUGAUUCCCGACCUGCAGAAGGCGAUCAUGGCGCAGAACCCUCGCCUGUCCAAGCAGCAGCGGAAGGAGCUGCGCACCAUCCAGGGACAUGACUUCACGUUCCGACGCUAUCACAGAUACGCAGACAUCUUGCGCUACCUGAGUUACCUGAGCUCCGCGUAUCCCAGCCUGGUGGAGGUGCUCACCAUCGGCCACUCGUGGGAAGGUCUGCCCCUGAAGCUGGCCCGCGUCUCCACUGGGGGAACCAUCAGCAAGGACGGGCGGCCCAAGCCAGCCGUCUGGAUAGACGCAGGCGGCCACGGCCGCGAGUGGGUGUCUCCCGCGGUGGCGCUGUUCGUGCUGCGCCAGCUGGUGGAGAACUACCAGGUGAACCGGCGCGUCGUCGACGCCGCCGAGUGGUUCGUGCUGCCCGUGGCCAACCCGGACGGCUACGAGUACAGCCACACCACCGACCGCCUGUGGCGCAAGACCCGCUCCACGCACACCUCGGCCGCCGCCAGGUACGUGCCCUCUGCCCCAGCUGCAAACGUGCCUCGCUGCAAUGUUCUAAGGGUGACUCAGAGGCCCCUACCGAUGCGUUCUAUGCAACCCGCACUACGUCCUUACCGAUGCCUUUUAUGCAACCCGCACUAUGUCCUUACCAGAAUCGAUAUCCAGACAGGUCACAGGUGGUUGUGGCGGCAGUGCGCGGGGGCGGACCUGAACCGCAACUGGGGCUUCCACUGGGGCGGCGCGGGCGCGUCUCGCGACCCCUGCUCGGAGCGGUUCGCGGGCCCGCGCGCCUUCAGCGAGCCCGAGGCGCGCGCCGCCGCAGACUUCCUGACGGACCGCGCGGGCCGCGUGCGCCUCUUCCUGUCGCUGCACGCCUACUCGCAGGCGUGGCUCGCGCCCUGGGGGCACUCGCGCAGACCCCCGCCCGACGCGCAGGACCUCAUGGACGUCGCCCGGCUCGCCGUGGAGGCCGCCGCCCGCGUCACGGGCCAGCCCUACCGCAUGGGCCACGCCCGGGACCUCGCCGCGCCCAGGGCCGGUUGCUCAGAGGACUGGGCCAAAGGCGUGGCGGGCAUCAAGUACGCCUACGCCGUGGAGCUGAGGGACCGGGGAGACUUCGGCUUCCUGCUGCCCGCCUCGCAGAUCAUCUCCACGGGCCGAGAGACCUUCGCCGCCAUCAAGGCCGCCGUGAGAGCGGUCAUCGCCAGGAUGUAGCCUCGCCCCGUUGGCUCCGUCCUCAGAAGGGAGUAGUCGCCUGGGAACAGAGGCUGGUCCGACUCUGUUUUGAACUGAAUGCAAAGUAUGUGAUGUGCAGCUGUGUCGAUUUUGCUGUGCUUCAAAGCAUUGACUAGACGAUACUUACAAGACACCUAUUAGGACAGUAUGACGUGUAAAUUAGGAUGAUGCAGAGUUUGAAACGCAAAUGAGGGGAAAACGUAGACGAUACUAAAUAAUAUGCUCUUUCGAACGGUGAAUAGUCUGCCAAUGUCUCUAUUCCGUCGCUUCUCUUGCAGACGAGUAUAACAGUGAAACUAGACUUCUAGAUAUUUUUUCCAGACUCAGUCGGUGUUUACACAACAAAAGCGUCUCCUCAGGAUAAGCGCUGUCCAUCUCUGGGAGCUGACACUCAGAUUCAAUACACCAAAUUUCCAUACGUCAUUAUCAAUACCCCUUUAACAAUAACAUCUCCAUUUCCAGGACUUCAAAACGCUGCCUCGUACAAAAAACGUUUUUCAUUAGCAGUAAGUAACAUUUUAUUUCUAAACGACAUUCAUCUGUAAUAACGUCACGGGUUUUCAACAUAACCAAUGUUUAUAACCUUCUUAGGAUUUGAAUUGCUCAAUAAUUUGUAACAGACUGUUUCUAACAGCAUCGGGUGGAUUAAAUAUAUUACACAAUAUGAAGGCGUGAAAAUUAUGCGGAUAAUAGUCCAAAUUUAUCAGGACAGAGUCUUACGUGUCAACAAACCUAUGCAGGAGAAUGUGAUCACUACUAUGCUGAUCUCUGACAGUGAAUUUAAUUGCUGUGAAACUUGUCGACCAUUUACCUCAAACAGAAAUAGUUUAGCUACGAUUGUUGUAUACUUACCCCCAUUUCAAGCUAUCUGCAUCAAAGAAAGGGUGAAUUCAAAACUCGUCUUAAUAGAAGUAUCUCUGACAACAAGUGUGGCUUUAGAAAAUGACCAGAAUGCGUCGUUAUUCAACAACAAAUAAACAAUCAAUAUUCAGGACUACUGCAAAAAAACAACGCCAAAUACAUAUUUCUUCAAGUGAGUUUUAAUUUGUGCAUUGUUAGGUGCAUGCUCUUGAUUUUGGCACGUGAAACAAAAAAUCGACACUAUCUUGUAACAUAAAGGCAGAAAUUCCUAUCCCAACCUUUAUAACCAUUAUAACCAUUUUAUAUUUAAAAAAUGACAGUGUUCGAUGAAUUCUCAUUUCAGUCUCAAGAAUGCAGAACUGUGUAGAUUAGCUUGAGUCACUUGAAUGAAAUGCCAAAAAACAAUUAAAUCGGAUUAUUCGGGCGAAAAUGCAAAAGUUUCACGGCACUACCAAAUAUUAGGUUAAACAUAGAGGUGACUUAAUAUGCAAUGGCUGUAACAGCUACUGAAAUACUGGUUUAUGCAGCUUUUACGCCACGGCGGAGACGUCUGAAGACAGUAUUUUGAAGUGAGCUGAUUUUUCGUAAGAAUGAAGUUUAUCACUCGUCUUACAGUCAGAUUCUUCUGAGAAACUAAAACCACCUGUCUUUUGUGUCUAAGGCAGCUGAAUGAGCUGUGUUUAAACAUGUACUCGUAUUGUACCAUCCAGUACGACAGUUCAGUAAUUUGUGAUCAAAGAGACACUCUUCUCACAUGAAUGCUACAUUGUGAGUACCUAUGCAGCAGAGAAUUCAUCAGCUGCAACCAACUGAUUUGAAUCACGCACAAUUAAUUU